AUGGUGUGUCUAAAAAGGUUUCAGUCAACCUCCGGUGUUAUGGUCAAUCCUGACGUUCAGUCCACAUUCCAGAAACUAAGUGAAGGGAAAAAGGAAUUUCGAUAUAUCAUCUUUAAAAUAGAGGAGCGGGAGGUGGUGGUUGAGGCCGCUGUUUCGCAAGAAGAACUAGGCUUGACAGGCGACGAUUACGAUGACUCAUCCAAGGCUGCUUUCGAGAAGUUUGUGGCCGAUAUCAAGAAUCGUACCGAUGGUUUUACUGACUGUCGCUAUGCCGUCUUUGAUUUCAAGUUCACGUGUUCCCGCGUUGGUGCUGGUACCUCCAAGAUGGAUAAAAUCGUCUUUCUCCAGUUGUGCCCCGAUGGCGCGUCUAUUAAGAAGAAAAUGGUAUAUGCGUCGUCUGCGUCUGCAAUAAAAGCUUCACUGGGUACGGGGAAAAUCCUGCAGUUCCAGGCCUCUGGAGUGAAGAUUGAUCCGUCAUGCAAGAACGCUUAUGAUAUGCUUCAUAACAAACAUCAACACAGCUACAUCAUUUUCAAGAUUGACAAAAAUGAUACAGCGAUCGUUGUGGAGAAAGUCGGUGACAAAGGUGCACCAUAUUCUGAAUUUAUCGAGGAGAUGAGGAAAGCCGUCGAUGGAGGUAAAGAAUGCAGAUAUGCUGCUGUAGAUGUAGAAGUGCAAGUACAAAGGCAAGGUACAGAGGGUGGCAGUAAGCUGAAUAAAGUCAUUUUUGUGCAAUAUUGUCCGGAUGAAGCACCGGUACGUCGUCGAAUGCUGUACGCUUCAUCGGUGCGUGCUUUGAAGGCCACACUAGGUCUUGAAUCGCUUAUGCAGGUAAUUGUUCUUUGUUCCACGAACUACUCAAUUCCAUUCGUUGCAAUCGAUUUAUUUAGUGUUCAAGCCUCCGACCUGUCUGAUCUUGAUGAAAAAGCCAUCAAGCACGAGUUGGUCAGUAGCCAGAGGACCUGA